AUGGUCAAAGUCCUUGCUGUUCUCUACGACGGCGGCAAGCAUGCUGAGCAGGUUCCUGAGCUCCUCGGGACCACUGAGAAUGAGCUCGGCAUUCGCAAAUGGCUGGAAGACCAGGGCCACACCCUGGUGACAACAUCGGACAAGGAAGGCGAGAACUCGACCUUUGACCGGGAGCUGGUUGACGCCGAGAUCAUCAUCACCACUCCCUUCCACCCCGGCUAUCUGACUGCUGAGCGCCUCGCCAAGGCCAAGAAGCUCAAGCUCGCUGUUACGGCCGGCAUUGGGUCUGACCAUGUUGACCUCGACGCUGCUAACAAGACCAACGGCGGCAUCACCGUCGCUGAGGUUACCGGGUCCAACGUUGUCUCGGUUGCCGAGCAUGUCGUAAUGACUAUCCUGUGCUUGGUCCGCAAUUUCGUGCCCGCCCACGAGAUGAUCGAGCAGGGCCGCUGGGACGUUGCCGAGGCCGCGAAGAACGAGUUCGACCUCGAAGGCAAGGUCGUCGGCACGGUUGCUGUGGGCCGCAUCGGCGAGCGCGUGCUGCGCCGCCUCAAGCCCUUUGACUGCAAGGAGCUCCUCUACUACGACUACCAGCCUCUGAGCCCUGAGAAGGAGAAGGAGAUUGGCUGCCGCCGGGUCGACUCGCUCGAGGAGAUGCUCGCGCAGUGUGACGUGGUGACCAUCAACUGCCCUCUCCACGAGAAGACACGCGGUCUCUUCAACAAGGACCUCAUCGCCAAGAUGAAGCCCGGCUCCUGGCUCGUCAACACAGCCCGUGGCGCCAUCGUCGUCAAGGAGGACGUCGCCGAGGCCCUCCGCACCGGCCACCUACGCGGCUACGGCGGUGACGUCUGGUUCCCCCAGCCCGCCCCGCCCGACCACGUGCUGCGCACCGCAAAGAACCCCUUCGGUGGUGGCAACGCCAUGGUGCCCCACAUGAGCGGUACCUCACUCGACGCCCAGAAGCGCUACGCUGCCGGCGUCAAGUCCAUCCUGCAGAGCUACCUCUCGGGCAAGUUUGAUUACCGGCCCGAGGACCUGAUUGUACACAACGGCGACUAUGCCACAAAGGCGUACGGUCAGCGGCAGGUAACCGGGCGGUCUUGA